GAGGCUUUGCCUGCGUCGCAUCGGCGAUGGCGCUCCGGCCGCGGCCCUGGAGGUGGCUGUCAGCCGGCGGGAAGCUGGAGUGUGGGUUCGCAGCCCGCUCCAACAGUUCCACGCCAGCCAUUCAGCCCGAAGUGGAGAAUAAGGGGAACGAAGCCGUGGCCCCAGUGUUCACCAACCGGAACCCUCGGAAUCUGGAGCUCUUAGGGGUAGCCAGGAAAGAACGGGGCUGGGCUACCGUGUGGCCCAGCCGUGAGUUCUGGCACAGGUUGCGGGUUAUAAAGACUCAGCAUCACAUAGAAGCACUGGUUGAGCACCGAAGCGGCCAGGUGGUGGUUUCAGCAUCCACUUGUGAAUGGGCUAUUAAGAAGCACCUCUAUAACACCAGAAAUGCCGUGGCCUGUGAGAGUAUAGGACGAGUGCUGGCGCAGAGAUGCUUGGAAGCGGGAAUCAAUUUCAUGGUCUACCAACCAACCCCCUGGGAGGCAUCCUCAGAAUCGCUGAAACUUCUCCAGAAUGCCAUGACAGAAAGCGGUGUCGUGCUUCGGGAGCCUCGGAGAAUCUACCAAUGAAAUGGAAACAUUAACUGCUUUGAAAACGUCAACAUAAAACCAUCUCCAGCCAUCUAAAAACAGAAAGGAAGGGAGGAAGAAAAGAAGAAAGGCGUUUGGAGAGAGAGCCAGACUGAAAGCUUCAUAGCAACAAUGUCACUGCAGGGUUAUUUAAAGAUGGCCUCUUCCCACUUGUAUAUGUGCUUGUGUGGUUUUGUCCUUUUAAUCAAGGGCUCAACGUGAGAACUUAAGAGAAGUGGUCACCACUUAACAACCACUUAAGAACAAAUUAAAAUGUUUAUAACA